AUGACUACCGCUACUGCUGUCUACCCCACCCUGGAGGAUCGCCCUCUCAAAGACACAAUUGUCCUCUUCGAUGUCGACGAGACCUUGAGCAAGGCUCGGCGUUCUGCCACCCCUGAGAUGCACGAAUUGCUCUCACGACUGCGACACAAGUGCGCCAUCGGCUACGUUGGCGGCUCCAACUACGUGAAACAACAAGAGCAGCUGGGUAAUGCCACAACUGAAGUUACCAGUCUGUUUGACUUUUGCUUCUCCGAGAAUGGUCUAGUCGCAUGGCGUCUCGGCAAGCCCCUCCAGAGCAACAGCUUCAUCCAGUGGCUUGGUGAGGACAAGUACCAGGCGCUUGCGGACUUCUGUCUUCGCUACAUUUCCAACGUCAAGUUGCCCCGCAAGCGUGGUACCUUUGUCGAGUUUCGCAAUGGCAUGAUCAACGUGAGCCCCGUUGGACGUAACGCCAGCGUGGAAGAGCGCAACGAAUUCGAGGCAUUCGACAAGAUUCACAACAUUCGCCGGGAUAUGGUUGAGGCGUUGAAGAAGGAAUUCCCCGACUAUGGUCUCAGCUACUCCAUUGGAGGCCAGAUCUCUUUCGAUGUCUUCCCUACCGGCUGGGACAAGACCUACUGUUUGCAGCACGUUGAGGCUGAGAAGGACAUCACUGGUGUCGAGUAUAAGACCAUCCACUUCUUUGGUGACAAGUGCUUCCCCGGUGGUAACGAUUACGAGAUUUACAUGGAUUCCCGCACUAUUGGCCAUGCCGUCGAGGGACCGGAAGACACCAUGAAGCAAUUGAAGGAGAUCUUCGAUCUUUAG